AGGUUAUUGCGACGGAAUGAACAGCAUUGUCAAUGGAUCUGGUCUAAAUAAUUCUGUUGCUGGUCAUGCUGCAAAGUUUUCUGUGUUUCUUAAAGAUGCUUAUCUAUAUCCUGCUCCUGUUGAGUUAAAAAGGCUUCAAGUACAAAUUGUGCAUGAAUUUGAUUCCCAAAUCAUACAGCCAAGUAUACGUAUAAGGGAGACUGUCAAUGGUAGUUUGUCUACUGGUAGACUGAAUGAUAUCGAUCGUACGCAAAUUGAUUCUGCUCCAAUAUUCAGCACAAAGAAGGAAUCUGCUGGAAACUGGAAUCAGAAAGCUAGUGCCUUCGAUGUCAUUUAUGUACCCGAGAAGAGUGGUCUAUAUGAAAUUCGUGUAUUUUGUGGAAAUAUUCCAUUGAAUGGUGGACAUACAUUUAGAAAGGAAGUAAGUCCAGGCAAUGUUAAUUUAUCACUCUCUGGGGUUGUGAAAUUUGCGCCCAAAGUGUCGAAGCUGAUUAAAAAUGAAAUAGUUGUACAACUCAUGGAUUCAUAUCACAAUCCCGUCCUGUUACAACAAUCAAAGUUGAAACUAGAGAUUGCUUCAAUUAACAGAUCUGCUUCUUCCACAUGGACGUUUUCUGAUAACAAUGAUGGAUAUUACACUGGUAGCUACCUGGCAAAUGAUGUUGGCACGUAUGAGUUAUGCGCUUCAUAUGAUGGUAACCGUUUCGUCCCAUGUCCCUUUGGGGUGAAUGUGUACAGUGGUGAAUAUUUUCCUAAAGUCUACAAUGAUACAAUUUCUGUAUGGGAGGAUGAGUCAGUUGCUUUUAACGUUCUAGAAAACGAUUACUUUGCUGUUGGCAACGCAAGUAUUGUGGAAUAUUCAAAGCCCACUCAUGGUUCACUUCUACAGUAUGGAUAUCUCUUUAGAUAUACGCCAUGUAAAGGAUUUUACGGAAAUGAUUAUUUCUUGUAUACAAUAGCUGAUAUAAAUGGAAAUGUUGCUUCGGGUGCUGUAAAUUUAUUUGUCCUCUGCAUACCACCUCGGUUUGUUUUCAUUCCAAGUCAAUUGCAAGCUACAGAAGAUCUAGUCAGUCCCAAGUUCGGUGGUUUCUUGGGAUUUGAAAUUAUUUACUCUGAUUUGGAAGAAAAUAUCACUGUUACUUUCAGUUCACUGUCCGGAGAACUUUUGCUUUCUCCUAUGCCAAUGCAAUUUUUGCAUCCAAGAUGGAAUGAAUUUUCUAUCAGCAAAGACAUUGGAAUGGAUAAAGAAAUAACUUUAGUAGGCUGUGUUGAAGUGAUCAACUUUGCUCUUCAGUCAAUCCAAUACUUCGGAAAGGAGAACUUCUAUGGUGCUGAUACACUCCGAAUUUCUACAAUCAACAAAAAUGGAAAGAAUGAUUUAAAUGUUCCGGUUUAUGUGCAACCAAUCAACGAUCCACCUUUUAUUAAUGUUCCCUCAUUCGUUAUCCUGGAUGAAAAGAAUGAUGAGGCACCUAUCUUUGCUAGACAAAGAGACAAAUUUGACUUCAUUGGAGAUCCAGAUCUUCAGAAUUUUCCUGGCAACUGGUCUCGCUUUUUGGUCGUUUUCUCCUUGGAAGUGAGCUCUGGACUUCUGUCAACGAACCUUCCAGCAGAUCUCAUUAGUUCAACCGAAUUAAAGUUAAACACGAGUUAUCAAUGGCAGCCUAUUCAAACAUUUGUUACCAUCUCAAAGCAUUUUGUGGUUAAAGCAAAAGGUAUCCGAAUCCGAGGUACAAUUAAUGACUGCAACAGUAUUAUGGAACAACUGUUGUACCAUGACGGCGAACAUAGUUCUGUCUUAACGGUCACAGUAAAUGAUAUGGGAAACUAUGGAUGCUAUCCUAACUGUACAGAGAUGAUGUCAAUGCCUCUUCUUGCCGAGUCUACAAUAAGUCUCAUAAGACGAAGACCAAUUAGUCCAUUGGCAGCUCAUUUUUUAGGAUCGGCAAUUGUUGUUGAAUCGAUUGUGGUAUUUUCUCUUGGUGUGCUGCUUCUUUACUUCAUGUGCAAAUGUGCACUUGUUCUCAUUCAUGAAAAACGGAGGCAGAAGGCCCCGGAUAUUGAGCUCUCCAAGGUCCAAAGUUCAUCUAAACGAACUGUAAGUUGGCUUAGAUAUUUCCUUAUAGGGCAUUUUUACUCAUUAAAUUGUUCCUACACAGGUAAAAAUUUAUGUGAUAUGGUUCUCAUUUAGAUAAUACUCGCAGAAUUUUCCAUCGAAACUAUAAGUUAUUCCUAUAAUUAUUGCCUUGUAAAUUUUUUUGCUGAUAGUAAUUGCAUGAGAUCUUGAGGUUCUAAGUCGUUUUUUUGAGUUUCAGCCCGAGAAUGUGAAAUGGAUCACAGAUGGUUGUUCGAUAUCCCUCUUGUUUAGCAGCCGGAUAUCAAACUUCCGCGACGAGUACUUAUCUCAAUAAUUGGGAAGUACUAAUCUAUGCAAUUAAUCGUGCAGUUGAAAUAUUACUAUAAUAUUGAGAGAUGAAUAAUAGAAAUUCUAGUUCUUCAACUGUUCCAAGGCAUGGCUACUGAAAUCGUGAGUAUUAGCAUGUAAAGUGGACGGUUUGCAGACAGUAACGCUGUACCAUAUUUAACUAUCUCAUCUAAAAACAUAAACUGUAUAUGACACAUUUCAUUUAUAGCUACAUCAAGAAUAAGCUCAUAGCUUUUGAAUAACCCUACUUCACUUGUGCAAACUAAAUUUCAGGUCACUCCAAAGAUCUCAAGGUCAAGAACCUGAGUUCCUCUCAAUCUUCCAUUGAUCAGCAUCAAGAAUUUCCUUCAGCUAAAGAUGUUGAGCCUUUGGAAAAUACUGCUAAAAAUUUUCAGCUGAUUAAAGUGUACUUCAGCUGAUGAUUAAACAGUUUCAUACUUUUUAUUUUUUUAUUUUCUUGUGUCAUUUUCUAAAGAUUAGACAGAAAGUUUGUACAUUAAGCUUCUCGCAAAUGAGGUUAUUAUGGCAUAACG